AUGCAAGGUAGCCGCGACGCUUAUUCUUCAAACUCUGCGCCUCAGUCUUCUUCACCUUCGUUUGUGUCCACCAACCUUCCUCCGCGUCCCCAAAGCGGCAGCCAGCAACAGCCCCGCUUCCCCAGCCUUCGUGAUCGCAUCUCACGCGAUCUCAAUCUUCCCGCGCGUCCUUCCCCGCUCACAGGCGCCUCGAUCACGUCUGCCUUAGACCCCACCGUGAAGGGUAACCGCAGCACGAGCCCAUCUCAACGUGGUUACGCACGCCCCGCUAGACCUCACGGAAGUGAUUUGAGCCCCUCCAAGCGCCAAUCUUCGCCUAGCCGCUCCGCUCCGUCCAAGAGACGACGUAUCGAAACACGCCACUCGCCGUCACCACGCAUCGGCCCCUCAGCAUCGACAGGAAGCAACGCAGAACCCAUGCCCCACGGACAUCGCGGACAUGGGAGGGGCAGGGCCAAUGGUCGCAACAAGACCCAAGCCCCUCCAGCAACGGUGCUGCCUGGACCUGUCCACGACCGCCAGCAGAUCAUGGGCGAGUAUGGUGCUGGCAUCAGCAUCAAGCAACAGUGGGAGGAGAACCCCAAAGCGCCCCUCGCCAACUACUUAGGUGGCGGAUCAGGCGGCGCAACAAACCUCGGCGACGGAGGCAAGGGCUUCCAGGUCGAGGAAGGUGUGAUUGACGGCAGGAAAAUGUUCCGUGUCUCGGUACUGGUGGACGACCAGGACAACAUUGUCGGUGUUGGAGACGCCACGUCGCGCAAGGAGGCCGAGAAGCUCGCGGCCCUGAGCGCGGUUCUCCAGCUCACCCGCGUCGGCUACCUCGAGAAGGGUAGAGCCGCGGCCAAGAACGCACCAGUUGCCGCUGCCGGAGGCGGUGGUGGGAGCGCAACGCCGGUGACCGGCAGUGCCGAGACCGCCACUCUCAGCGAUGGCUCCCUCUUAGUCUACGACCGCGCGCGCCAGUUUAUGGAGUGGUACUGCAAGAAGUAUAACUUUGGCAAACCUGACAUCGAGUUCUCGUCAUCCGCCACCAAGGUCACAGCCCCAUCUGGCUUCCGCGGACGUAAGGCGAAGGCGGCUAUGGGCCCGACCAACUGGGAGGCAGUCAUGACUGUCGGCGACCGGCGUAUCGGCCAGGGUACUGCGUCGAACAAGAAGGGUGCGCAGAUCCGCUGCUACCUCGACGUCGUCCAUUACUUGGAGUCGCUCGACCGUGAUCUCUGGAACGACUUCAUCGAGGCCACCAGGAAAGACCCGUCCGCCGUGAUUGGCCAGGCGCCGCAUCUUGUCUUCAGCAUGUCGGACAUGUUAAACGACGACAUCCAGACGUUGUGUAGCGAUAUUCGGCACUCGCUCCUAUACUAUAAUGCGCCUCAACCCAACUCGUCUGCGCCAGUGACUCACGUUGCGCACUCGUUUGGCCCUAGACGACACUGGCAGGCGACCGAGUCGGAGCUUAAGGGCAAGUCGGCCAGACUGCAGGACCGUCUCAUGCAAUAUGAGACCGACCCCGCUUUGGAAAAGAUGCGCGCCACGCGCCAGGCCCUUCCUGUCUAUACUCGCUCGAGCGACGUCUUGGCAAAGAUCGAGGUCAACGACGUGACCGUCGUCAUGGCGGCCACAGGAUCUGGCAAGACGACACAGGUUCCCCAGAUGCUGUUCGAUGACUACAUCAACCGCGGAGAUGGUGCGCGCUGCAACAUUGUGUGCACGCAGCCGCGUCGUCUUGCUGCCAUGUCCGUGGCGGAGCGUGUUGCAGAUGAGCGUGGCCAGAAUCUCGGCCAGGAGGUCGGCUACCAGGUCCGUUUCGACAACAAGCCACCACAGCCCAACGGCAGUAUCACGUUCUGCACCACGGGUGUCUUCCUCAAGCGGAUGCAGUCUUCGCUUGGUGCCCAGGCGCAGCCCGAAUCCGUCGCGUCGAUGGACCAGGUCACGCACGUUAUUGUCGAUGAGGUACAUGAGCGUGACAUUGAUACCGACCUGUUGUUGGUGGUGCUCAAGCGUCUCAUCGCCGACCGCAAGGCGCGCAGGAAGCCGAUCAAGGUCGUCCUCAUGUCAGCUACGAUCGACCCCACGUUGUUUCAGAACUACUUCAAAGACGACCUGGGUCGCCCGGCUCCAGUGGCGGAGGUGCCCGGUCGCACGUUCCCGGUGUCACGGCAUUACCUCGAUGACUUCCUCGACGAGAUGCGCCAGGGGCUGCCCCGCAAUAUGGGCGGGUGGGUCUUCCAGGACUCCAAGACGUCCGAGUACAUCAACCGCGAGAUGAGCCACGACCCAACAGUGUUUCAGCAGACGUCUGGUAUCAUGCUCGGCGAGCUCGAUGUUCCAUUUCCCCUUGUCGCUCUGACGAUUGCAUUUGCGCUCAAGAAGUCUAGCGACGGCCACGUGCUGGUGUUCCUACCCGGCUGGGACGAGAUCAAGAAGGUCGCCGACAUUCUCCUCGACCCUGGGCAAUAUCCUCUCUUGGGCAUGAACUUCAACGACGCCAGCCAGUUCAGCGUGCAUUACCUCCAUUCGUCCAUCCCCGCAGCCGAGCAGAAGGAAGUGUUCAGGCCGCCAGCACCUGGUGUCCGCCGCAUUAUCCUAGCCACCAACAUUGCCGAGACGUCGGUUACUAUCCCUGAUGUGGUCUACGUCGUCGACACUGGUCGUGUCAAGGAGAAGCGGUACGACCCAGAGCGUCACAUGAGCUCGCUCGUGUCGGCGUGGGUCGGUGCGUCCAACUUAGGCCAGCGUGCUGGCCGUGCGGGUCGUCACCGCAGCGGCGAGUAUUACGGCAUUCUCUCCAAGCGUCGCUUUGCGUCGCUCGAGCCCAACCAGAUGGUCGAGAUGAAGCGCUCCGACCUCAGUGACGUCGUCAUGCACGUAAAGGCGCUCAACCUCGGCGAGGUCGAGGAGGUGCUGGGUGCUGCCAUCGAGCCACCAGAGCCAUCACGCAUUGUGGCUGCCCUCGAGACGUUGCACAUGCUGGGCGCGCUCGACUGGAACAAGAACCUCACGUCACUUGGCCGCGUGCUGCUGCAGUUACCCACCGACGCCGCGAUAGGCAAGCUGUGCCUCUACGGCUCGUUCUUCCGCUGCCUCGACUCGGCCCUCACCCUGGCCGCUGUGCUCACAAACCGUGACCCAUUCUUAGCCCCACUGGCCAUGAAGCGCGAGGCCGACGAGAUCAAGAACUCGUGGUCGCCUAUGGCCUUCCGUUCAGACCCACUCGCGAUCGUUGCUGCGUACAACCAGUGGUCGGCCAUGGACGACCGCGGUGAGUACACCACAGCGAACCGAUUCUGCCAGGACAACUUCCUGUCCAAACUCACCCUCUUGCAGAUCAAGCAGGUCAAGGGCCACCUGCUGCAGUCGCUCGACCAGGCCGGCGUCAUCGCGGUUUCUGCUGGCGACCGCUACGUGCCUCGCGGGUUCCGCGGACGGGCCGAGGUACCAAUGGUGCUCCGCGAGAACGACAACAGUCUCCCGCUGCUCGCGGCACUUAUUGCCGUGGCUGGCGCACCCAACUUUGCAAUCCGCACGUCAGACAAGACGUGUCGUACGUCUCAGGACAAGACCGUCUUUAUCCACCCGUCCAGUGUCAACUCGCGGCGGCGAGAGAUGGGUGGGCCGGAGGAGCCAAGCGCGUCGUUCCACCCCGCCGAGAAGCGUCUGUAUGCUUUCGGAGAGAAGAGUCGCUCGGUGCAGCCGGGCAACCCGAACGCUGGCAUCACGAGCCUGCGCUCGGUCACGCGCCUCGAUCCGAUGACGUACAUGUUGUUCGGCGCAUACGAAGUGUACGCGACCGGCCGCGGCCUCGAGUGCGACGGCUGGCUCCCCGUCACCGGCAACCUGCACGCACUUGACGAUGUGCAGCGCCUCAAGUCGUACCUCGACACGUGUAUGCUACGCGUAUUUGAGGGCCUGAGCAAGGCUCUCUCGCGGGAACGCGACACACGCUCCCAGGCUAACAGAAACGCGGUGGAUGUGCGGUCGGGCUCGAGUCGGAUCCGCGAGCGGACGGUUGAUCUCGACGACAGCAAGGAGAACGAGAGCGAGGACGAGGACGACAUGCCCUCAAUGUCUGAGCAUGCGCGUCUGCAGAACGAGCUCGCGCGCCGCCAGACGCGCAAGAUCGAGCCCCUUAGCGGCGACGAGAUUCGCGAGCUCGGCAUGCUCACGACAGACGUCGUGCGUAUCUUGGACGCGUACGCGGACGAGCGCGAGGGUGCGCGGUCGACGUACUCAUCGCGUCCUGCCACGCCCGUCAAUCCAAACGUGUACCGGCCGCCCGGGGCGCGUGGCGGCGGCGGCAUGCGGUGGUAA